UUGAGAGGGAGAGUCGAAUGCUUUCCAAAUUUCAAUCAUCUUCGUUUACUUUUUCCUUCUUUCCUGUUUGCACAUAGGGAGAGAGGAAAUUCCAGACUUUUCACUCUCCUGUAUCUAGAGAGAGAGUGGGGAAUUGAGAGUGAGAGAGAGAGAGUUUUCACUCUCCUGUAUAGGGAGAUCGGAAUUCGUGUUUCAAGUUUCACCUACACAACUGAGAGAGUGACGUGAUUUUGUACUCUCCUUACAUAACUCAGAGAGAGAUUAAUUUCCACAGGAACAUAAUCUAGAGAGAGAAAGAAGUUUCUUUACCAACUCUCAGCGUGAGCUUUCUAGAGGGAGAGAGAGGAUUACUGUGGUUGCGGAACAUUUACAGAGGAGAGAAGAGUUUCUGUCCCAAGUCUAGAACACCCACCAUCUCCUUCCUCUCUAGAGAGAGAGAGAGGUUUUCAGCAUUAUUGGGAACACUUGACAGAGAUAGAGGGAGCAGUUUCUGUCCAGGCACCCGCCGAAGUUGCGGUGAAUAGAGAGAGAGAGGGAGGUUUGUUUGUUUCUCUCUCUACAUUUUGCUGUUUUUUUUGGUGGUGAUGGGCAUGAAAGUGAAGGAAUCGGAGAGUGUGGAGAUGGACACGAAAGUGAGGGAGUUGGAGAGUCUCCUGAAUUACAAGUUCUCCAAUCCUCAGCUCCUAAAAGUAGCACUCACCCAUGCCUCCUGCAGCAGUUCGGCAUCUUUAGAGAGGCUCGAGUUCCUUGGCGACGCGGCCCUCGGUAACGCCUUUGCGAAACACUUGUUCGAAUCGUUUCCUGACCUGAACCCUGGAAAGCUCACCCCCCUUAGAGCAGCAAAUGUCAGCACCGAGAGGCUCGCAAGGGUGGCGGUGAAGCAUGGAUUCUUUGAUUUCUUAUUCAUAAAUUCUCCAAGCCUCCAAGGGAUGGUCUCGGAAUUCACCGAUACUGUUAACGAGAACCCUGAAGAUUGUGAGUUGCUCAUGAAAGCUCCCAAAGUGCUUGCAGAUGUCGUGGAGUCCAUUGCAGGCGCUGUCUUUGUAGAUUGUGACUACAAUCUCCAAAAGCUUUGGGAUGUUUUCCACAAUUUUUUUGAGCCAAUUAUCACGCCUUCCACUCUCAAAAUCCAUCCAAAAACUGAGCUCCUAGAGCUUUGUCAAAAGCAAGGGAAACAGUUGGAAUUCAUACACAAACAAAAGGGCAAAGGGAAUGUUUUUGAUAUAUUGGUUGAUGGACAGUUAAUUGGGAGUGGAGAGUCUGAGGUGAAGGAGACGGCCGAAAUAUCUGCAGCGAGGGUUGCAAUGAAUAACCUUCGAAAUGGAGGAGCAAUGAAUGAUGUGAUUACACAGGUUUCAAGCCCUUCUGUGCAUCAGGGCGAUCUCAUUGAUGAAAGGAAUUGCUUCAUACCCAUGAACAUUGGUGAGGAGAGAGAAUUUCCAAGACCUAUGACAAGUAAUGCUGAGGAGAGGGAAUUGCCAACACCCAUAGCAAGUAAUGCUGAGGAGAGAGAAUUGCCGACAACCAUAGAAAGCAAAGCUGAUGAUAAAGAAUUGCUGACACACAUAGAAAGCAAAGCUGAGGAUAGAAAAUUGCUUAGACCCAUAAAAAGUAAUGCUGAGGCGAGAGAAUUGCCAAGGCUCAUAGCAAGCAAUGUUGAGGAAAGAGAAAUGCCAAGACCCGUAACAAGCGAAGAUGAGGAGAAAGAAUUGGCCAGACCCGAAACAGGCAAUGUUGAGGAGAGAGAAAUGCCAAGGCCGGUAACAAGCGAAGAUGAGGAGAAAGAAUUGCCGAGACCCGGAACAUGCAAUGUUCAAGAGGAGAGAAAAUCAAGGAGACCUUUAGGCAAGGGUUGGGAGGAGAAAGAAUCAAUGAAACAAGCUCUAUACGUUUGUUGUGGAAAGAAGAGGUUCGGCAGGCCUGUUUAUGAACUUGUGGGAGAAGAGGGUCCUGCUCAUGACAAAAGAUUUGUAUGCUCAGUCGAAGUUAAAAUGCCAAAUGGACAGUCUGUUUCUGCAAAUGGGGAACCAAUGGCGAGAGUGAAGGAUGCUGAGAGCUCUGCGGCUGAUGUGAUGUUAAGGCGUUUUGCAGAUAUGGAUGCCAUGGUAAUUUAUACACAGGGUAAUGUGUCCUCGUGCUUUUAGAAGCUGUGUGUGUGUGUGUGGAAACUACACACAGGCACACAUCCCAUGUAGGAAAAGAACUUGAGCUACUAAACAGUGAGUACCCUUCUAGAGAGCUUUUGUAUUGUAUAUAUUAAGGUUAAGCUAAUUUCACAUGGGAUCAUUAUGGGCGGUCA